AUGGUUGUAGGCAAAUCGAAUGGAACACCCUUUUUCCAUCUAAUUGUCAAUCGCCGUUGCUAUGAAUUCUUGGAGAUUAUGUUAACGCGACCGCAGCUCGUCCCUGUAUACCAACCAAAUCAUAGUUAUUUCUGUCCCAACAGAUCUCUCAUGAAGCUCUUCUCACACAACAUUCUUACAUCGCGGGUGUUGAAGUCUGUCAAGGUGGGCUACCCCUUGGCUUUGAAAGUCAAAAACUUACAGGUCAACACAGUGGACUUCGAUGCCGCUUAUAUAUCUAAAUUGAUUCCGAAAGUUGAAUGGGGUGUUCUCAAGAAAGUGUCAGAUCAGAUUGGUCAGGAGCAUAUACCACCCUUGCCCGAUGAGGUACCUGCGGAUUAUGAGACAAAUGAAUGCUUUUUAAAACUUGCUCAUCGUGCACUGUUGGAGGUAGACAUUCUAGAGGGCGCCUUAGUCUGCCCCGAGACAGGUCGCGAAUUCCCCAUCUCGGAUGGUAUCCCCAACAUGUUGGUAAAUGAAGGAGAAUAAAGGUUCUUUACUCA